GGAGAGACACAAAGUGAGAGCGAUGAAGGCGGUGGUGCUGCUGGGAUUCUGGGUGAGCCCGUUCGGGCAGCGGUGCCAGAUCGCGCUGGCGGAGAAGGGGGUGGAGUAUGAGUACAGGGAGGAGACCGUCCCGAGGGACAAGAGCCCGCUGCUGCUCGAGUCCAACCCCGUGUACAAGAAGAUCCCCGUCCUCAUCCACGACGGCAAGCCUGUGUGCGAGUCCCUGAUCAUCGUCCAGUACAUCGACGAGGCGUGGCCCGACCGCGCGCCGCUAAUUCCCGCCGACCACUACGGCCGCGCCCAGGCCCGCUUCUGGGCCGACUUCGUCGACAAGAAGGUCUGUGAAUCUGCAUUGAAUCUGUUAAAGCUCAAGGGCGAGGCCCAGGAGGCGGCCAAGGAGGAGUUCAUCGAGUGCCUGAGGCUCCUGGAGUGCGAGCUGGGGGACAAGAAGUACUUCGGCGGCGACGCCUUCGGCUUCGUCGACAUCGCGCUCGUCCCCUUAACGUCCUGGUUCUACAGCUUCGGGACCUACGGCGGGUUCAGCGUCGAGGAGGCGGUCCCCAAGCUGGUGGCGUGGAGCAAACGGUGCCUGGAGAGGGAAAGUGUCGCCAACUCCCUUUGCGACCCCCUCAAAGUCUAUGAGUAUGCCAAGAAGAUAUUUGGAUAGUGAAGAAAGUCCCGUCUGUAUGUAAUAAAAUAAAAUAAAGACAAUUAUUCAUAAAUAUUAUUGAUGAGAUACAUCUUUGGCUUA